AUGGAAGAUAUUGCUCCUGAGUAUGACGUUGUUGUGCUCGGCACUGGCUUGACUGAAUGUGUGCUUUCAGGUGUUCUGAGUGUUAAGGGGCAGAAGGUCUUGCACAUUGAUCGCAAUGAUCACUAUGGAGGUGAAGCAGCUUCCAUCAACAUAGAAACGCUUUUCAAAAAGUUCGGAAACUUGAAACCCGGAGACGAACCCUGGAAGAAAUAUGGACGUGUUAAUGACUGGAACGUCGAUUUGGUACCGAAGCUUCUCAUGUCAAAUGGAGAAUUGACGAACAUUCUUGUUUCCACCGACGUGACCAGAUACCUUGAGUUUAGACAAAUCGCCGGCAGCUAUGUCCAACAAGGGAGCGGCCCUAAGGCCAUGGUCGCCAAGGUUCCAUCGGAUGCCAGCGAAGCCCUCCGAUCUUCGUUAAUGGGGCUAUUUGAGAAGCGUCGUGCGAAGAAGUUUUUAGAAUGGGUGGGUGAAUUCGACGAGAAGAACCCAAGCACCCAUCAAGGACUUAAUAUGGCCGCCUGCACAAUGAAAGAAGUGUAUGACAAAUUUGGUCUUGAACCCACCACCCGUGAUUUUGUUGGCCACUCGAUGGCACUCUACCAGUCUGAUGGAUAUAUCGGGGAGCCAGGACAGGCAAUCGAAACAAUUAACCGGAUCCGCUUAUACGUGAACUCCAUGGCACGCUAUGGAAAGUCUCCCUACAUCUAUCCUCUCUACGGCCUUGGAGAGCUACCUCAAGGCUUUGCUCGCUUGUCUGCUAUUUAUGGUGGUACAUAUAUGCUUAAUACUGACGUUAACGAGGUCCUUUAUGAAAACGGCAAAGUUUCUGGGAUAAAAGCCACUAUGAAGGAAAAAGGAGAACCUGGACCCGGCAUGAGCUUUUCAACUAAAACCAAGAAGAUAAUUGCCGAUCCUUCCUACUUUCCCGGAAAAGUCCAAGUGACCGGGUAUCUAUUAAAAGCCAUUUGUAUUCUCAGUCACCCAAUCGAAAAGACGGACGAUAGCGAUUCUUUGCAGCUUAUCAUCCCGCAAUCCCAAAUUGGGCGAAAACAUGGUAAAUCUGUCGCAUUUCAUUUCUCUUAUACAGACAUUAAUUUUACAAUAGAUAUCUACAUUGCCAUGGUUUCUUCGGCCCAUAACGUUUGUCCAAAGGGCUACUACGUCGCUAUCAUCUCGACGAUCGCUGAGAAUGAAGCGAAUCACCACCUAGAGCUGGAGCCAGGAUUCCAGCGUCUCGGAAGGAUCGAGGAGACCUUUAUGGGUCCUCCCAUCCCGCUCUAUGAGCCUGUUGACGAUGGUGUUAAUGAUAAUAUCUAUAUCUCCAAAAGCUACGACGCCACAAGCCACUUUGAGACAACAACAGACGAUAUCCGUGAUCUGUAUCAUAGAGCAGAAAAACAUGCAUUAGUGGUCGAUGGGCUUCGCGAGGGUGCAGAUCUUGUCAACGAACAAUAA